GUAUAUAUAUAAAGAACCAAAAACAGACGCAGACACCUUUUUUGACUAUAUGCAUAUAUUUGUUGAUUCCACUACAUCCCUCCGUAUGUCAGAGAGAGAAAGAGAGAGAUGGAUUCAGAAUCAAAAAUGGUGAAUAGUUCACCUUCUUCCCAUAAACAAACUGUAGAUAUGCUUCGAGCAGCUAUAUGGAUACUAUCAGUAGCACUGUUGCUGGGUUAUCUCGUGUUGUGGAUUAUAUUGCCUACCAACACGUAUUGGCGUCAUUGGUAUGGUAGAAUCGAUGAGAAGUUUACUUCCACUUAUCUCGGCAGACAAGGCCAACCACUUUUGCUCUUCUUCUUUCCCAUUCUUUUCAUUGCUGUAUUGGGCUGUGCCUAUAUCCACCUUGGAAAGAGAUCAAAUCAGAAUAUAUUAGAAGGCAACGGCAGAAAACAUCGCCUGGCAGCAUUAAGGAAACCGAUGCUAGUGAAAGGCCCACUAGGGAUAGUUUCAAGCAUAGAACUGGCCUUCCUCAUCAUGUUCAUUGCACUGUUAAUUUGGUCUUUGUCAACUUAUUUGCAUAACAGCUUCUCCACUAUUACUCCACAGUUCGCUGCAACUAGAAAUGCGAGAGUAUGGGAAGCUAAACUGGAGAGUGCAUCGUUCCUGUUUGGUCUGGUAGGGAACAUAUGUCUGACAUUUCUCUUCUUCCCGGUGGUUCGUGGGUCAUCGGUGCUGCCAUUAUUUGGGCUGACCAGCGAAGGUAGCAUCAAAUACCAUAUAUGGUUAGGUCACAUGAUGAUGGUCCUUUUUACUGCUCAUGGAAUUGGUUAUAUCAUCUACUGGGCUGUUACAAAUCAGAUCUCAGAGGUGCUGAAAUGGGGUAAAACAGACGUAUCCAAUGUGGCGGGAGAGAUAUCUCUGCUGGCUGGGCUGGGCCUUUGGGCAACAACCUUCCCUCGCAUAAGGCAGAAAAUGUUUGAGCUCUUCUUUUACACCCAUCAUCUUUACAUCCUCUUCAUGCUUUUCUUUAUACUGCAUAUUACCGUUGGUUAUUCCUGUAUCGUGAUGCUCCCUGGAUUCUACCUUUUCUUGAUUGAUCGCUACUUGAGGUUCUUGCAAUCUAGAACAAGCGUUCGUUUAGUUUCAGCCCGCAUUUUGCCCUGUGAUACUUUAGAGCUCAACUUCUCUAAAAGCCCGGACUUCAGCUAUAAUCCGACGAGCAUUCUGUUUAUGAAUGUCCCUAGUAUUUCCAAGCUCCAAUGGCAUCCUUUCACUAUCAAUUCUAGCAGCAACUUGGAGCCUGAAAACUUGAGUAUUGUGAUUAAAAGUGAAGGAAGCUGGUCCAAGAAACUAUACCACAUUCUUUCAUCGCCUUCCUCUAUUGACCAUCUCCAAGUUUCAGUUGAAGGACCAUAUGGACCUGCUUCAACUCACUUUCUAAGGCACGACACACUUGUGAUGGUGAGUGGAGGCAGCGGUAUUACUCCUUUCGUCUCAAUAAUUCGAGAACUGGUCUAUGUAAGCACAACAUACAAAUGCAAGAUUCCACAAGUAAUACUAAUUUGCUCCUUCAAAACCUCUUCAGACCUCACCAUGCUAGACCUCCUACUUCCAAUAUCUGGCACCCCAUCCGCGCUUUCCAAUCUGCAGUUAAAGAUUGAGGCUUAUGUUACAAGAGAGAAAGAACCCACAAUUGAUACAUCGAAGCUUGUUCGAACUAUAUGGUUCAAGCCCCACUCAAGGGACGCACCUAUUUCUGCAAUUUUAGGCCCCAAAAGCUGGCUCUGGCUUGGCGCUAUUAUAUCAUCUUCCGUCAUCAUUUUCCUUAUCAUAAUUGGCCUUAUUACACGCUAUUACAUUUAUCCCAUCGAUCAUAAUACCUGGAAUGUUUUCUCCUACUCUCUUGAAGCGGUUCUCUAUAUGUUAGUAAUAAGCAUAUGUAUAGCUGCAACAGCUAGUGCAGCCGUUUUAUGGAACAAAAGACAAAAUGCAAGGGAAGCAAAGCAGAUUCAGAUUGUUGAAGGGUCAACACCAGUUCGACCACUAGAAUCAGGGUUAUGUAAUGGUGAUAGGGAAUUGGAAAGUCUCCCUCAGCAGCCUCUUGUUCAGGUUACUAAUGUGCACUAUGGUAAAAGACCUCCUUUAAAGAGAAUGCUAUUUGAAUAUAAAGGAUCAAGCGUGGGAGUUCUUGUUUGUGGACCAAAGAAAAUGAGACAUGAAGUUGCAACCAUAUGUUCAUCUGGUUCGGCCGAUAAUUUGCACUUCGAGUUCAUUAGCUUUAGCUGGUGAUCUACUGAUCUUCCAGUUUACUACUGCUGGUCUCUUCUUUUUAACUAUAAGGGGCAAGGAAAGAGGUUGGACUCUCGAUAGGAUCAAACUCAUCGCUCAGCUCGUUUCAGCUGGCUCCACUGCAACAGUUGUGUAUAAUAUUAUUACACGCACUUUUUAAGUAGGCAUUAGAUUUCUGUGCAUGUCUUAAAAUUGUUAAAGCCCAAAACAAUAAGAUCUGCUUUUUAUCUA